GUUGUAGCAAUGACGUGAAAUUCAUUCGGCAUCGAAAUGUCAGGCUAAUCGCUGGUAUUUAGCUGGUGAUCUAUAAGCUACUCGUUUGAAAAACGAGUAAAUGCUGUUGCUGUUUAACCAGAGACAGUAAAGGAGUUGUUGAGGGCGACUGCCUCAGUCUCCCACGCGCACACAGGAUGUUGAUUCAUCAACUGCUUUGGUUAGCUGUCUGCUGUGGAUUCGCUGCUUCAGAGCACAGAGGAAAUGACACGGACAAGCAGUCCACACCAGUGACCCAUCCCUUACUGCUUGUAUCCUUUGAUGGUUUCCGGGCAGACUAUUUUAAGAUGUAUCCCUUUCCACACUUUCAAAAAUUUGUCUCUGAUGGUGUUCGUGUGGGCUACCUCACUAAUAUCUUCACAACAAAAACAUUUCCCAACCAUUACAGCCUGGUCACUGGCUUGUAUGCUGAGAGCCAUGGCAUUCUGGCCAGUCGAAUGUAUGAUCCACAGACCAAUAAGACCUUCACCUUGGGAGACACCGAUCCCUCCUGGUGGGAGGAAGCCACACCUAUCUGGGUGUCUGUGCAGAACAAUGGCUAUAAGUCAGCUGCUGCCAUGUGGCCGGGGUCCGACCUGAAGAUCCAGAACAGCACAGCGACCCAUUUCUUCCCCUACAGCCCCAAAGUGACUUUCCAAGAGAGGCUCGGAAACCUAACCAAGUGGAUGAAAGAUGACUCGGAUGUUAAGUUUGCUGCUCUCUAUUGGGAGGAACCGGACCGGACAGGCCACAAGUACGGCCCAGACAACACUGUAGAGAUGGUCAAGACCUUGAAAGAGGUGGACGACCACAUAGGCCUGCUUAUGGAACAGCUCCAGCAGGCCGACCUUUGGGGGAAGAUUAACGUCAUUCUGACCAGUGAUCACGGCAUGGCUCAGUGUUCUGAAGAGCGGCUCAUCAAGCUGGACGACUGCCUCAACCGGACCGACUACUUAGUGGUGGACCUCACCCCUGUAGCUGCCAUCAUGCCUGUUAACAAUGUUUCUAGGGUCUUCAAUCUGCUGAACAAGUGCCACCCUCAUAUGAAGGUCUAUAUGAAGGCAAACAUACCAGAGAGAUUGCACUACAAGUACAAUGAAAGAAUUCAGCCCAUCAUUCUCGUGGCCGAAGAAGGAUGGACCAUUGUUCAGAAUGGCUCGCUCCCUCGACUUGGUGACCAUGGCUAUGACAACUCCCUUCCAAGCAUGCACCCUUUUCUGGCAGCUCAUGGUCCUGCUUUCCGGAAAGGUUAUCACUUGUCUAACUUCAACAGCAUAGACAUUUACCCGUUAAUGUGUCAUCUUUUGGGCAUCCCAGCUAUGCCCAACAACGGCAGCUUUGUCAAAGUUCGCUGCAUUCUCGAAAGUGAGACGUGCGCAGACCUCGCAGUGACGGUGGGCAUUGUGAUUGGAGUCCUCAUAGUGCUCACCACACUGACCUGCCUCUUCAGGCUGAUGAAGAGCAGAGGACCUUCUCCCUCUCGGCCCUUCGCUCGUCUUGAGCUACAGGAUGAUGACGAUGAUGAUCCCCUACUCGACUGAUGCACUUUUUCUUUUUUUUCAACCCAUGAUUUCAACCUAGGUUUUGUACGUAUGUCUGACACCAUUCAUACCAGGCUGCUGACUUGCCGUAUUGUCAGGUCAAAUUGAUGUACCCCAUGACCAGGGCCAGUUAGCCAGGUAUUAAGAUUCAAAUGCAAUGACGUCACUUCAGUAUAUGCAGGGUAGUGCAACUUUGCUCACUUUUAGUGCACAAAACAGCUAGGACUUGUGGAUAUUAUAAUAUUCUGUUAUUCCACUUGUAAACAAAUAUUUAGUGUUCAUUUAGUGUCAACCAGUAAGUUUGUGUUGCAUCUCACAAGCAAUAACUUGGCAGAGGUUAAUUCCUUUAAACCAGACUAUGGAUUGUUCUGAGUUUUUCUAGUCAUUGACAUAAAUGGAGUUUAAGCUACUUUGUUCCAGGGAAACGCUUGGAAUGCUCAAGGAUAAAAUUUCACUCCAACCAGAGACUUUAAGAAGGGCCUAAGUGGAAAUAAUUAUUGUAUAAUAUAACAAUAUAUUUUAGACUCUUCCAGUUCUUUUCUACGUAUGUAAAGUUUUCGCUAUGCUGCUAAAGAUUGCUAAUGAGGAAUACUGUGGGAGGCUAUUCAUGUUUGGUUUGUUGGUCUCCAGAAAAGUUAAGUGCAGCUGAGCCAUUUUUUCCCUUUUUGCACUGUUGUAUUUUUAAGAAGCUAUGCUUCAGUUGCUGUCUGCUGAAACGUGGAAACUCCCAAAGACAAGGUGUCCCGUAAUUGGAACGAUCGCUUUAAUAUUGUUGGUUGCUUGUAGACACUGGAAUUACUUGAAAUAUUUUUUGGCCAGAUAUGUGCUAGUAUUGGUACAAUAGCAAUGUCGGUGUCUGUUACAAUAUUACAAGGUCUAAGCAAAUUUGAAAGAAAAUAUUUUAAGCAGAGAUAAGGGCAUGAACUGUUCAGAAUUAGUUUUUUUUAUUUGGAAAAAAGUUCUGUAUUUAUAUUUCCAGGUGAUUCGAGUUGUAAAUGAGACAGCACACAUUCAUUUCCUUGAACAUUUGAAGUUUUGCCUGAAAAUGUCACUGGUCACUGUUAAUAUAAUGUAUGGAAAUACCCUCUUAAUCACACCUUAAUAAUAUUGACAGGCUUUUUAGGACAUUAUUGUGCACUUCUCAUUUCAGGCAUGUGGAAGUUCUUAUCCACACCUUGUAGAAAUACUAUAUCAGGAAAAUAUUUGUUCUUUAUUUAAGUCUAAUCUAUGUUUGCUUUAAUGUGAUAAAAUGAAAAGGGGCAUCUAUGUAAGGAAUGUUCUGCAGUGUUCUUAGUGAGCAUUUAAAUUUUGUUCUUCUGUCAGAAUAUAUUAUCUACCUGCACUAUUUGUUACUCCCUUCCAAUGGUACGAUACUCUUGCACAAUUUCACAAGUAAUGUUAAAGCUUACACCAGAAUAUUGGUUUAUCUGACAUGUUUCUGUAUUGUGGCCAGGGUCAUGACUCCACAUUGUAAACUAUAAAGACUUAUUUUCAUAUAGGAGACAGAAAUAGUGCUUUAAGUUAAGGAAAGCCUGACUAGGCAUGAGGUCAAUAAAAGCUUUUUUAUAUAAAAAUUUAAAAAAAUUACUUGCACUUAUUACCACUUAAGCUUU